UAUCGUACCCUACCAUUGACUUUCCUCUCUGAAACUACCGCUUCAGUCAUGUCAUCGUAUUCAAACAGAAUAGUUCACUUACUAAACGCGUCCACUUCUCCUUCUCACAUUCAUCAGAUCCAAGCCCAAUUCGUUGUCCGAAACCUCCUCAAAAACCAAUUCAUAGCUCACCAUUUCAUCAAUUCCUGCAACUCUUUAGGCCUUUUAAACGAAGCCCACUCCCACCUCAUCCUUUCAAAAACACCCGCUCACAUCUUCAUUUACAAUUCCCUCUUUAGAGCUUUCUCCCACUCUAAAACCCCAAAUCUCCCAUUUUCUUUAUAUACCCACAUGCAAAACGCCUUAGUUUUGCCCAAUAACUACACCUUCCCUUUCCUUCUAAAGUCAUUAGCCGACUUCCAUCAGCUCCAAAAAGGCCAAAUGGUUCAGACCCAUGUCAUAAAAUUGGGUCAUUCGUAUGACAUUUAUGUACAAAAUUCCCUAAUGAAUCUCUAUGCAUCGUCUGGUGAAAUGGGUUUCUGUCGCCAAGUGUUUGAUGAAAUGCAUAACAAAGAUGUCGUUUCGUGGACUAUUUUGAUUACUGGGUUUAGAAAUGUUAGAAGAUAUAAUGAUGCUUUGAUUGCUUUUGAGCAAAUGCAAUAUGCAGGGGUGUUACCUAAUAGGGUAACCAUGGUAAAUGCAUUGGGUGCCUGUGGUAGUUUUGGUGCUAUUGAAAUGGGGGUUUGUAUUCAUGAUUUUAUAAGGAAAAAAGGGUGGGAAUUGGAUUUGAUUUUAGGGACUGCUUUGAUCGAUAUGUAUGGAAAAUGUGGGAGGAUUGAAGAAGGGUUGAAAGUUUUCCAUAGCAUGAAAGAAAAGAAUAAUUUUACAUGGAGUGCAGUUAUUAACGGUCUAGCUUUAGCUAAAAAUGGGGGGCAGGCGUUUUGGUGGUUUAAUAGGAUGGAACAAGAAGGGUUUAAGAUUGAUGAUGUAACUUUAGUUGGAGUGCUUUCUGCUUGCAGUCAUUGGGGUUUGAUUGAUAUGGGUCGAAAAAUAUUCAGUUUUCUAGUUGAAGGGAGGUAUGGAUUUUUGCCUGGUGUAAAACAUUAUGCGUGUAUAAUUGAUCUCUUGGCACGUGUAGGAUGUCUUGAUGAUGCUUUUAGAUUUAUCCAGGAAAUGCCUUUUGAGCCUACGAGUUCCAUAUGGGGAUCAUUGCUGGCUGGUUGUAGAACUCAUGGAAAUUUGGAAAUGAGUGAGAUUGCUGCUAAGAAAAUUGUGGAGUCGGAGCCAGAUAAUAGUGCUUGCUAUGUUGUGUUGUCCAAUUUAUAUGCAGCUAUGGGGAGAUGGGAUGAUGCUGAGAAAGUGAGAGCAUUGAUGAAAGAGAGGGGAUUGAAGAAGGACCUUGGUUUUAGCUCUGUGGAAUUGGAACCACAGGAACAGGUUUAUGAACUAUUAGCAGACGCAUAGCAAACCCCUUUAACUUGCCUGUCAAGAAUGAUUUUAGUCCUCUCCUUCGAUCCUCCAUUAAGGAGGAAAGGUUUGUUUUGCUUGGCGGAGUCCUGAAUCUGGGUUAUGAGGCUACUGUGCUCUCUGUUUGAGUUUGAUAUUCUUCUCCAUGACAACAAAUGUAUAGCCAAGGAUGGUAAAUCCUAAUAUGCUCAAUUUACAACUAUAUGGCAAUGGACAAUGUUCUUUGCCGCUGUUUGGAGGAAAGCACUCAAAACGUUUGUACCGUAUAUCAUGAAUCCAUCAUGUCUCAUUCGACCGUCUGCUGACUCUGAGCAACAUUAUUUCCUCAAGGUAGAGGAUUCUCUGAAUUUUAUGCGCAUGAAACAUGAUACCGGAACCUCACCGUAGAGGUUCAAACUGCUUGACCGUAAAUAAGUUGAAAUAAUUGAGAUUCAUGAGCGAUCGUUUACAAUAAAAAUAGGCACCUGUUGUUUACAUAAUAUUAAUAUUGAAUUUUGGAUUGAUGGAUUUAUUGAGAUUUACAAGAUGUGGUUUAGGAAUUUGAAGAAAAAAAAAAUCAGAUUUGAAGAAAAAAGCAAGUACUAAUGAAAAUUUUUGGUAAAAGUGAGAGACGUAGAAUGAUACUUCAGAAUAUAGGAGCAUUAGUUUAUGUAUGUUGAUAUUUUGCCGUGUAUAAAUUCAUAGAUUAGUGUAUGUUAUUAAGGAUGUCUAGA